UGAAAUUUAUGUUAAUUAUUUAAUAUUUAUUAGCUUAUAAAAUAUGGCAUCAAAUCCGUUUGCUGCCUUAGUUUCGUCAGAAAAUGGUGAUUCACCUGCAAUUACUUCAACUAAUACACCAAUUAUUGAAAAACAAGCAUCAGAAAAAUUAAAAAUUAAUGAAAUUGUUGAAGUUGUAUUUGGUUUUACUUUAGAUAAGAAUGCAGAUUGUUCAAUAAAAAAACAAUUAAUUUAUUUAGAAGAACUAGCGAAUAAUGUUAAAUCACAAGAUUGGAUUGAUUUAGAAAUACUUGAUCAAUGUUUAUUUGAACGUUUAAUGUUAGAUGAUUUAGAUGGAUGUGUAUUACCAUCGAAUACAAAACCAAAUAAUCGACAUGUGUUCCAAAAAGAAGUGAUCAUCUAUUUAUUUGAUUGUUUAUUGAUUUUAAAGAAGUAUGAACGUUUAUACAAAGAUAUUGUUGACGUAAUAUCACAAUUAAUAUUUCGAAAUGUUAUCACAGCAAUAAAACAACCAGAUGUGUUCGUUAAUCAAGAUAUUAUGGAACAAUUCAUGCAAAUUAUAUUUUCAAAUGAUAGUUAUGUUGAAUUCUUUACACAAUUAGCUGUCAACUAUCUUCAAGAUGAUGACGAUGUUCCUUUAUCAAUAGCGCUGAAGCCAUUAUUUAUAAAAAUACAUGCAAAAAUUGCUCAAAGUACUUUACUUACGAUUAAUCCAAAAAUUUUUGAAUUUUUAAACUUUCUGUGUUCGAAUGAUAUUUACGCCAAUAUAUUUAUUGAUUAUAAUACGCCAAUCGAUUUAAAAGCAGGAUCAUCAUUUGCAAACACUCUACUAGGAGCAUUAAUUUCACUUUCAAUUUUACCAAAAACAAAUCAUGGCAUUUAUGAUUAUUUUGAUCGACCAUUAGAGCAGGUAAACUCUGCACUUGAAGGAAAUUUAUGGUCAGCCACAAAUGAAUUAAGCGAUAAUCUACAUAGAAUAUUUUUGAACUUACUAAAAAAAUCAUCGGAAGUGAAAACAAAAACUUUAAAUUGGAUUGGAAAAUGUUUAGAAACGAACGCAGCUCGUGGAAAAUUAUGGAAUAUACACGCGCCACCUGAAAUGAAUCCAGCAAAUUUUACAACUGUCAGUGAUGGUUUUAUGUUAACAUUAGCAUCUGUUUUAUUAAAAUUGUGUGUACCAUUUUGUUCAAAUCCAGCAUCUGGAAAAAUAUUAAAAGUUGAUCCAACAUAUUGUGCAGUUGAGGAUAGUGUUGCAUUAAGUAAAGGUAUUCAUCUGUUGAAAAUGUCCGAAGAAACAUGUUUAAUACCAGCUGCAGAUUCUGAUUCAGAAUCAUCCGAAGUUAGUCAUUCAAGACCAACAUCACUUUCAUAUAAUUUUAUUACAGAAUGUUUUUAUAUGGCGCAUCGUUGCUUGGAUUUAGGAUUUCGAAUUUCAACUGAACGUUUACUUCGACAAAAUCAGGAAAUGGCUCGAAUUCAACGUGCUUAUAAUGAUGCUCUGAUGCAAGCAAAUGGUUUGUCAGAAGUUAUGGAUACUAUGAAAGCACGGAUGGAAUCUGAAAUGCAACGAUAUAUUUCUUUGAAAGCUGCAUUACUUGAACCAAAUUUUAUUGCAAAUUUAAUGCAUUUGCAUACAUCCACAGCAGUUUGGUUAACUCAAGUUGCAUUUCAUUCCAAACAAACAGAUUCCACUAAUUAUGCACCAAUUACAUUUGAAAAUAUUUCAUUUCCAUUACCAGAUUUUGUUCCAGAUACCCUAAAAUGCAUUCCAGAAUUUAUAACUGAAAAUUUAGUGUCUUACUUAAGUUUCUUAAGACGUUUUUCUCCUCGUACACUCGAAGAACAAGGAUAUAAUGCCUUAGCUCCAAUUCUAACAACUGUCUUAAUAUUUAUGGGUUCUCCGGAACGAAUGCGUAAUCCACAUAUGCGUGCAAGAUUAGCGGAAUGUUUAGAAGCUAUGUUACCACAUCACAAGGAUGAACCUCAAGGAUUAAAUAAUUUAGGUGGAUCGCAACGUGAACGAUUGUUUUUAGAACAUCCUCAUCAUUCAGAAAUUGUUCGAAAUUUAUUAGAUGUAUUUGUAAGUAUUGAAAUGACUGGACAAAGUGUACAAUUUGAACAAAAAUUUAAUUAUCGGAGACCAAUGUAUAUAAUUAUGGAUUAUUUAUGGGAAUUGGAUAAUCAUAAAAAGGCAUUCAUGGCUUUGGCUAAAGAAGCAGAACAAAAUAUGGAAGCUGUGACUCCUCCCACAUACUUAAGAUUUAUAAAUUUACUUAUGAACGAUGCUGUAUUUUUAUUAGACGAAUCGUUAACAAAUAUGGCUCAAAUACGAACACUUGAGACUGCCAGAACAAAUGGUGAAUGGGAACAAUUGUCAGCGAAUGAACGAGAACAAAAUAUGGCACAUUUACAACAAAUUGGCAUGCUUGCCAGAUUUGAUAAUAUUUUGGGUCGAGAUACAACUCGUACAUUACGAUUAUUAACAACAAAUACAGCAUCCGUUUUUACACACAGUACAAUGGUUGAUCGAGUUGCGGCAAUGUUAAAUUAUUUCUUGUUACAUCUUGUAGGCCCUAAAAAGAAAAAUUUUAAGGUAAAAGACAUGAAAGAGUAUGAAUUUGAUCCAGCAGUUAUUGUAUUGGACAUUUGCCACAUUUAUGUAUCUUUAGCAAGCAGUAAUGCAUUUUGUUUAGCAAUUUCACAAGAUGGUCGAUCAUAUAGUCCUCAAUUGUUUUCGCUAGCAGAAGAUGUUUUGGCUAGAAUUGGUGGUGGACAGUUAAUCAGUGAAUUACGUCAGUUAGCAAACAAAGUUGAAGAACUAGCUCGUCUACAGAAAGAAGAUGAUGAAAUAUUUACGGAUAUUCCAGAUGAAUUUUUAGAUCCAAUUAUGUCAACAUUAAUGACAGAUCCAGUAAUUCUUCCAAGCUCAAAACAAACUGUUGAUCGAAACACAAUUUCUAGGCACCUAUUAAGUGAUCAAACAGAUCCAUUUAAUCGAUCGCCUUUAACGAUGGAUCAAGUUAUACCCAAUACAGAUCUUGCCACACAAAUUCAAGAAUGGAUUAAACAGAAAAGAAGUGGAAAAUCAACGAGUCUGGAUUGACAUUGUUUUGUAUUUUAAAUUGUAAAUUUUAUUAUCAUU